AUGAGAGAAGAAUAUCUCCAAGGGCUCAGGAGAAAUAUUGCUAGUGAACUGAUAGAGAUAAAGAAAGCCAUCCUCGAAAAAAUGAGACACAAACUGAAGGAGACCUUCAGCUCAGUUUCUAUGGAAGCAAAAAACCUCCCUCUCCUGUCCCUUAUAGAAGGGCUUGAAAGAAACUACACAGGCAAGACCAUAAUGAUAAGAAAAAACAAGAAAAUAAUUACCAAAAGAGUGGCUAAAAGCACAAAGAAGAGGCCUUCUGUCGUGAUACAAGUUGAAGAUCAGUCGUUUGUAUUCGAUGGAGAUGGACUUAAGGUCGUAGGUCCAUGGGAUGGACAACAAUAUAAAGGAAUGCUUGAUGAAAUUAAUGGCAUACUUAAGAAACACAUAACUAAGCGAUAA